CUGAAAACGAAAGCGCAUGAGAGUUUGCUGAAGUGACGUUUCUCUGCUUGUUUGGUUUCCUCCUCUUUCUCCUGAGUGUGUCAUGAAGCGGAGGAGCCACAGCUGCUGGAGCCGCUGAGGUUGGAGCACGUUUCCCAGCCUUUAGGAAUGCCCCAACACAACAUGGAGAGCCCCAGGCGCCAGCGGCCACAGGGGCCACAGCCGCCGUGGGUCGCCCGAGUCGCUGGGUGUCAGAGUCCGGUCUCCUCGGGGGCGGAGUCGGACACGGAGAGCAGCAGCACGGAGAGCGAGAAGUCCUGCGUGAAGAGGCUGGAGAUGGGCUCACUGAGGCUCCUGCCGUCGGCCUCGAAACUCCAGCAGCGAAUCGCUGAGAUCGACCAGCAGAAGGAGGAGCUGAAGAUUGAGCUGCAGCUGGAGAUCGCGCUGCUGCAGGGCGAGCUGCAGACGGAGAGGAAGCAGCUGCACAGACACACACAGAAGCUGCAGGCGCUACAGCAGCAGGCCGGACACAGAGAGACGCACAGACACACAAACAGACAAAAGGAGCAAGAGCGUCUGGAGGCGGAGGGCCUCAGGGUGCAGGAGCUGAGGAGGAGCUGUGAGGAGAAGGAGAAGCUGAUCCCGAGUCAGCCGGAGAGCCAGAGAGAGCAGCUGACCCUGCAGCUGCAACAGGAGAAGGAGGUGAUGGAAGCAGCCAAUCGGGCCUUCGAGGACUGGGAGUUUCGUUUUCUGGAGCAAGAGACUAGCAUCGACAUGGAGGACGAGAGCGUGGAGGAGAAAGAGACGGAGGAAAUGAAUGAAGGGCAAGUGGAGAAGGAAGUCGCGGGUCAGCAGCAUGCGGUCAGCACAGCACAGGAGCGAGUCCAGCAGCUGGAGAGGCAGCUGAAGGAGAUGGAGAGAGAGAAGGAGAGGGAGCUGACCGCCCUGAGGAGGGAGAAGAGAGAACUCGUCCACACCAAUCAAACGGUUCACAAAGAGAAGAAGCCGCUCGCCGAUUGGUCGAACAUAAACGGCUCCGCCCCCUGCAUGAUGUCACUGUCGCCUCUGACUCCUCACAAGCCCCCUCAGGAACCGUACAAAGAAUCCGCCAGUUUGCCCAGAAGACGCAGUUCGCAUCGCAACAACAGAAUCAACGACCGGCCGCUCUCUGUACAGGGGCUGUCGAGGACGCUUCCAGACACCCAGUCCCCGGGGGCUCUCGCUUCCCCCCUCUCCCCACAGCGACUCAGCAAUGGACACGGCAGACCCGGGACCAGCAACGGCGUCUCGCUCCUCACGCCGUGCAACAGUACGGCGAGCUCCCGUGCUGCCAGCCCGAAUCUGUUGGAUAUCGCUGAGAUCGAGAAAAAGCUGAGGGAAGCCAAGGUGGAGCGAGAGCGACUGCUCAGAGAGCGGGAAGAGCGACGGUGGGUGUUGUUGGAGGAGAGACGAGGGAGGGAGCUAAACUCUCCCUUAACAGAACCACCGGAGCAAGAAAGGCCAAAAAGACCAGAACCAGAACCAAAGGAGCAGCUGAUGGCCAGCUCCCCCCCAAACUCCCCAGAGCCGCGCAGCCUGCCCCUCUUCCUCUCCGCCAACUUUGACCUCCGGGCCCACGUGGAGUCCCUGGGUCACGGGGUGUCCGGCUGCGGGGACCUGCGGCUGACGCCUCGCCGCUGCGCCGGCUUCCUGACCAAGCGAGGGGGGAGGGUGAAGACCUGGAAGAAGAGGUGGUUCUCGUUCGACACGGACCACAGACGACUGGCCUACUAUACAGACUGUGAUGAGAGGAAGCUUAAAGGAGUCAUCUACUUCCAGGCAAUAGAAGAAGUUUACUACGACCAUCUACGCACAGCCACAUCCUCUCCUCGGGCUCCUCUGACGUUCUGCGUGAAGACGUACGACCGGCUCUUCUUCCUCGUGGCGUCCAACGCCGUGUCCAUGCGGAUCUGGAUGGACGUCAUCGUCACUGCAACAGACGAGCACAGCCGUUAUUGACCUCUUGCUCAUGUGACUGUUAAAAUGUGCAGCUACCGAGCACCGGAGCAGGUCUGGAAGAGAUCCACCUGCAGGGGGGGGGGCUUGUUUGGAGCUGAUGUGGAGGAAACUGUUACUGGAGGAGUGAGGCUUCGGUGGCAGUGAACCAGCUGCAGACCACACUCAGCUCUACGCACAGUGUGCACGCUGGCCGACUUGUUACUGGGAAGUUUUCACCCCCCUCUGCUGGUCACUGCUACACUACCAUGUGGAGCGGACAGAAAUUCCAGCAGCACCGGUCCACUGUAAUGAAAUCCAAGUUACAUGUCCAGAUGUUUGCGUCCUUUUGUCAGUAAUGACAGUUGUAAAUUGAAAUAUGUUGUAUUAAGUUAUUAUCCGGAGAUUUAUAUGGGUUUGAUAUGCAAAUAACUGAAGGAAUAUAAAUGCUCUAUUAAAAUGUUUUUUGUAAAAACAGUU